AUGCUGGCUAGGGUGAUUGUGGUGGUGCUGGCAGCCGCCAUGGCAGGAGAUGUAGAUGCGGGAUGUUGCCAGACGUCAGCAGACAGCAACGUGGCGGUGAUUUGGGACAUGUGGAAGAAGAGUGAGAUUAUAAGAUUGAACUCCCUGGCAACUAGCCCAGAAGAGAUGCAGCCGGCGCCUACCAAUGAUCAGAUACCUGGGUGUUGUCUUGUCGGACCCGAAGGUACAUGCAACUGGAGGAGAGACUGCUGCAACUUUGGAACAGGUGGAUAUUGGGUAGAGAAUUCAGUGCUUCGUGGAACGAUAUGCGAGACCUACAAAUGGGUAGUAGGCUCCUGGUCGGCAUGUCCAGACUGUGGUGUAGCCAACAUCACAAGAUCUGUCACGUGUCAGAGGGCAAGUGACAACGGUGUUGACGACGCGGCAAUGUGUGCGAUGUAUGCUGGAGCAAAGCCUGAAAGCAUCAUGGAGUGCACCGGGACAGUUCUCUGCGGAUAUUCGUUCGUAGCAGGCAUGGUCGAGCUGCAGCGCAACUUGCAAGCAGACUCGAGUGCUGUACUGUGUCUGUGUCUCGAACUUUCACUUUCUGCUGAGGUGUUUUGA